AUGUAUGAUUGGCCUUCGAACCCCAUCCUCACCAGCUCGUUUCCUAUGAAUCCUUAUGAAAAUCUAAAAUUAUUCGAAACUCCUAAGCUCGAUGGCACAAUCGUUGCAGAUAUUCCCAAUUCAGUCAUUAUCAUGUCUCCUCCUGAUGAAGAUGUUUGGAAUCCAAGAUUGGAGGAAGAAGAAGAGAGAGUGCCAAUGGAAAACCAGAUCAACAAACAAGAUCAACGAGAUUCAUCGGAUUCUGCUAAAUUUGGACACCCAAUAGGACCCACAACGGAAUCUUCAAUUGAGACAAACAAGAUAAACAAUCCAACAAAACCAGAGGAUGCUUCAUCGGAUUCUGCUAAAUUUGGACACCCAAUUGAACCCACAACGGAAUCUUCAUGCAAAGGCAGAUAUGUUUAUGUUCAAGAAGUUCCAACGAGAUUCAAUCAAGAUCUUUUAGACAAUUGUCAUUCACUCAACAACUGGACCAACAUGUGUCAAUACAUGGAGAACAUGGGUCUUGGUCCUCAUCUUCGUCGCACCAUACCAGGUGGGGAAUCAUUCUACGCCACCCACCAAUUCUCUCUCGAAGUCAUCUUCCACAACAGAAUGAAACAGUAUAAAUGCUUAACAAAAAACUCAUCAAUGGCAUCCGCUGUUUUCGUGCCUUAUUAUUCGGGUCUUGAUGUGGCUCGUUAUCUGUGGGGAUCCACCGCCGCUUUGAGAGAUGCGGGACCCAUUGAUCUAUACGAGUGGCUUCGGAAUAGAAGGGAAUGGAAGGUUAUGUCGGGACGAGACCACUUCAUGGUUGCUGGUCGGAUAACAUGGGAUUUUCGCCGCGGAAUUGAUGAGGAUUCUGCAUGGGGAAACAAGCUAAUGCUCUUACCGGAAUCCCAAAACUUGACGAUGCUUACAAUCGAGUCGAGCCCAUGGAACAAGAACGAUUUUGCAAUCCCAUACCCGACGUACUUCCAUCCCUCAAACGACAAAGAAGUUUUAAAUUGGCAAAACCGAAUGAGAAGGGUUAAGAGACCAUACUUAUACUCCUUUGCGGGAGGCAAACGUCCAAAGAUAGAGGAUUCUAUCCGUGGCGAGAUAAUGAACCAAUGCCAAUCCUCGGGGAGAAAAUGCAAGCUCAUGGAAUGCAUAGAUGCAAGCAAUAAGUGCUUAAAGCCCGAUUACCUGAUGAAAAUAUUUUUUAGCUCCGUAUUUUGUCUUCAACCUCCGGGCGAUUCCUUUACUCGAAGAUCGAUAUUUGAUUCGAUAGUAGCGGGUUGUAUACCGGUUUUCUUUCAUCCAGCAUCGGCUUACACGCAGUAUUUAUGGCACUUACCGAAAAAUUAUAAGAAGUAUUCUGUAUUAAUAUCGGAGGGGGAUGUUAAAGCGAAAAAGGUGAGAAUUGAGUUGGUUCUGGGAAGUAUGAAGAGAUCGGAAGUGAUUGCAAUGAGAGAAGAGGUUAUAAAGUUGAUACCAAAGGUGGUUUAUAAAGAUCCGAGAUCAAGAUUGAGAACGGGGAGAGUGGAAGAUGCGUUUGAUUUGACAAUGAAAGGUGUUCUUGAGAGAGUGGAGAGGCUAAGGAAGGAAAAUGGUCAUGAGAGACUUGAUCUAGAACCAGAAGAGUUGAGCUGGAAGUAUAGAUUUUUUGGACAUACGGAAAAUAAUAAUGAAUGGGAUCAUUACUUCAAGAGAAGAGACAAAAUUGUUUAUUAAAAUUAGUAGUGUUUGCGUUGUUGUUAGAGCUUUUCUUGAUAUGUGGUUUUU